UCUUUAAAUACUCGGCCAAAAAAAUAACGGAGCAAAGAAUUUAGCUGAAGAUUUUUUAAAAGAUACUUACUAGUGAAAUAGAAUUUUCAAAUAACCCUUAUUGACAUGUUCGAUGUGAAUACAUAUCGAAGUUUUGGUUCACAGUAGGCACUUUCGUUAUCAGCAGGUGAGCAGAAAGAUUCAUUUCUAGAAAACUAUUUUGAAAAGAGAAUUAAGAAUAAUAUUAAAUUAACCUGCAGUUUCAUUGUGAUUGUGUAGAGCCAUCUAUAAUUAGAGUUUCACAAUAAAUUUCCAUGAAGUGACAAUCUAAGAAUUUUAAAUAGUGCGCGCAUAAACUAAAUGUGUCUUUUAGCAAGUUUAGAAACGUUUAAAUUUAGAUAUUUUAAGCAAUAAUUUAUGUUUUAAAUGUGAUAAAUAAACAUGUACUCAAGUUUCUAAUCUGUGCAGUGUCUUAUUUAUAAUGUAGGAUUGUUUUAACUGAAUAAAACGUUAUUUUUAUUUUCGUAAAUUAAUUGGAAGUUUCCAGUUUUCGAGGCGAUUUUGAUUUGGUAUUUAUUUAGUUCAUCAUUAUGGAUACCACAAAGAGUCCUAAUAAAGUGAAAAAAAGUGUUAUCAGCAACUUAUUGAAUGACAAAGUGUUAAAAACACCAACGUUCGUGUCUCCUGUUUUGCAACAAGUCGGAAAAUUAGCUGCUAGUGUAGCUAAUGUUGGAGUUGAAUUAUCGAGUUCUGGAUCAGCAACCGGGAAUCCUCGUAACAAAUGUGCUCUUCAACCCGGACAUUCCCUUAUGGACUGGAUUCGCCUCGGUGCCUCCGGAAAAGAUCUUACCGGUUUAGGACCCAGGGCCGGACAUUUGUCGGUAACUAAGCAAGAACUGGCAAAACAUAACACGAUAGAUGACAUAUGGUUAUCGAUAAGAGGAAAAGUUUAUAAUGUGACGGCUUAUGUACCAUUCCAUCCAGGAGGUCCCGAUGAACUGUUGAGAGCUGCAGGAAUUGAUGCUACUAAACUCUUUGAUCAGGUUCAUCCCUGGGUAAAUUACGAACAAAUUCUACAAAAAUGUAUAGUCGGCAAAUUAGUUGCUAUCGAUCCCAAUAUAGACAAAGAACGAUUAUUUUUUGGCAAAACAGUGAAUAGCGAUAAUGUAGAUCAACUAUUGCAAGAAAGAGACAGCACUGAAGUAGAGAAGUUUCAAGAGUUCACGCCAGCAAAUGAAUCAGGACAAGUUACAUUGAGAACAGAUGAAGCAAAGGCGAAAAUUGAAAAUAUAGAAGAAAAUAGUAACAUAGUUUCUGUUCCUAUUCCAGACACUCCAAGAUUUGAUUGGAUACAGAAAAUGGAUUAUAUAACUUUAAUAUUCUAUACUGGUUCCUUUUCUAAUCCAUUGGUCGAAGUUCAUUCACCGCAAGUUCAGAAGGAACUUGUUGUUUGUUUCACAUAUAAUAAUGCAUUUUACAGGAAUCAACUGUUACUUAAAGAAGACGUCGAGUGGCCAUGUUCUAUAAAGGUUACAUGGGAGACUGGUAAAAUUGAGUUAACCUUUAAGAAAAAAAUUGCAAAAAUUUGGGACAAUUGUGGGAUGUUACAACAAAAUGCAGAACACUUACACCAUAAGAACGCCAGUGAGAGGUUUAAUUUCGUUAUUGAAGAAAAACUUCAAGUAACCCAUAACAUAUUUUUGAUGCGCUUUAAAAGAAUUGAUGGUUGUAAAAUUGUUGUACCGAUAGGAAAACAUGUUCGAGUUUUUGUUAAUAUAAAUGGAUCUGAGUUGUCAAGAAGUUACACUCCCGUCCCUUCAAGCCUCUUCACUACUCUUAGUCUAAACGACGAUACCACUGAUGAAAUAUGCCUUAUGAUUAAAAGCUAUAAAAACGGAUCGGUUAGCCGCAUGAUAACAGAUAAAGACUUAAAAGAUGUUUUGACUAUGACUAGACCACUUGGGGACUUUGACCUUCAACGGUUGGAAAAAAAGGUAGCGUUUUUGAUUUUAGCUGCAGGUACAGGAAUAACGCCAAUGUUGCCGCUGCUGUUAUUUUUAUUGGAAAGGCGAGUCAAAAAAUGUCAGUUCGUGAGACUUCUAUUUUUCAAUAAAAAAGAACAGGACAUACCUUUUGGAAGCCAAUUAUCUGCGAUAGUAGAGAUGGAUCGUAGGUUGGUCGUUAAUCAUAUCCUAUCCGAGCCAGUAGAAAGUUGGACCGGCCUUUCAGGUCAUGUGAAUAAAGAAAUGAUUAACAAUGCCAUCCAGGAGCAUAUUAAAGAUACUGGUUAUACGAUAAAAGAUAUUUUUGCCUUCAUAUGUGGACCAAAUCAGUUUUCUGAGCUUUCAUUACAAGAACUACACCAUUUAGAUGUUACAGAAGAACAAAUCCAUAUAUUCAGCGGAUAGCACAUUACUUGCACUGACCAGCCUUCACUAUUCUGCGAUACUCCGCCUCUUUCCACAGACUUAUGUUUUGUUGUUUAUCGUUUUGCUAUAAUAUUUUUAAUUUGAUUUGAGAAUGGAGCCGUUGGUAAUAAACUGUUUUAUUUAA